AUGGCUGAAAAGGAGGGCUUGGUACUUGCGGUGGGAACAGGAAGUACGCAGACUAAGCAGAUAAACCGGGAAAUUGGAGCCGCGGCAGUAGUACGGGAGCGUCUUGGCGUCCUUAGGACGCACAGUGCGAGGGCGUCUUGGUGUCCUGAGGACGCGCAGUGCAAGAGCGUCUUGGUGUCCUUAGGACGCACAGUAGUGCGAGAGCGUCUUGGUGUCCUUAGGACGCGCAUUGCUCUGUGUUGUGGCGUGGUUUUUUGCACUUCGAUAGAUGAAGAGUGUGAGAACAAAUGCAAUACUCUCACCAUUAGCACCAAGUGCCAUACAAGCACCGUAUCCUCGAGCGCCAAGCCAGUUUUUCCGUCAGCCCUUCUGUGCGAUCACUUGUAUCGCUAUGACGAAGUCGACCUGGAUGAAAUGCUACUUGCAGCCAAAUUGCGUGACAGCUCGUUCAGUAUUGAUGCGGAAACACUUGUCGGCAACGCUUUGAUUUUCAUGCAAAGCCUGCCACGGUGCGGAUAGGAUGGACGAGACUGCUACCUUAAAAGAAUUCGAGCGCGACUACAUC